AUGGAGUGUCAUAUCAGAGGCAUCAAUGAAGAAGACUUCCAAGCAAGUGAUAAGGACAUUCUUAAGACACAUUUCAAGACAACACAUUUAAAGCCAACCGUUCUUCCCUAUGGAACACUGACAGACCUUCACAAUGACAUGUUGAAGGCCCACCUUGUGUUGAUACCUUCCGAAGAAGAACCACUUGAACUUGCAGGUCUGGAUGCCAUUGCUGCAGGAAUUCCUGUCCUUGUUUCUGACAAAUCAGGACUUGCAGACUUCGUGACCAAGAUAUCACCAGAGUUCUGUUAUUCUGUUGUCAACAUUGAGGGAAAUGAGGAGGACAAAGUAAAGCAAUGGGCCAAGCGUAUUGAACAGUCACUGAGUAACUGUGAGACAGAGUUUGAAAGAGCAGCAAGAUGCAGGGACAAGCUCCUGUCUGCAAAGUACUGGGAAGAGUCUCAUCAGCAGCUCAUCUGCAGCUGUAUACAGACUGAUGACAGUACACAACAAUCAUCAAUAUCUGAGGUCCAGAUAGGAAGUGUACCCCCCGUGUCAUCAAUCGAUAGCAGGAAACCAUUGCAGGCAGGUGGGUCAUCCAGAGAGACAGGACGUUCUUCAGAUAAUAAGGACACAAUGACUGAAAGGGCCAACCAGUCUUGGACUGAAACGACAGAAGCACCUGCCCAAGGACCUUCAAUUUUGUAUCAAGCAGCUAUACCUCACCUUGUUGGUGGACCCCCUCUGCUUCCUGUUGUGGUGGAGAUCAUUCCACAAGUGCUACCAAGUGUUGAGACCCCAGAAGACAUGCUGGAUUUUGCAUCUGCAUUAGAAACUCUUUCUACUGUGACAGGAAAUGGAGAAUCUGAUGAGACACUUCCUAAUAGUCUGUUAAAACAGAUAAAGGGCAGAAUAAAAACUAUCACUGAUCUAAAGACAGUAACGAAAGCUAUUGAAAAAUUAGAGAAAUUUAAAGGCAUCAAAGUUUCCUCUUUGAAGGAAGGCAGCUUGAUCUUCUACCUACAGUGUACAGACAUGUCUGGGUUGGGUGAUCUCUGGUUCAUGUACAAAAAUGGAGAACUGGACAAUCUGCUGCACAGUAGUUUGGUAAGUGAGGAAACUCUACAACAACUCCAUGCUGAGAGCAUUUCUGUGAAGUCAACCAUCAACAUAGAGGACUUCAGGAAGGCCCUGGUGUACCUCCUAACAACAUCUUCUGCUAAAGGCAAACCCACAUCAAGACUACCCCUGGAGUACCCCCUCUACCAGCCACACACCCACACCACUAGGCGCGUGCUGGAUGUGCUUCAUCUGGAUGGUACAAGCCUGACAAGGUCUCCAGGGAAACAACAGGAGCUGCACAUCCCAUCCACUGCACAGACUGAGGACAGUAAGGAUCAUCUUGGGACCAAACUUGGUGAUCAGCCAGCAGCAGGUGCCACUGCAUCACCUGUCAUAGGUGAUCAGCAUAGAUCCACAGAUGUGCAGGCUGAACAGAUGACAUCUGAGCUGGCCUUGCACACUUCCGUCAGACCUAAAGACAUACAGAGACUAAGAGCAGGAAGCAGGUUGUCUACUGCAAGCAUUGGUUCAACAGAAAGCCUCCUAUCAACAAGAACUACACACUCAACAAGAACCAGUCAGUCAGCUGAUACUGGAUACGCCACUGCAAGCAUCUUGUCUGAGGAUGACAGGACGUCUUCAAAAUCUGCUUUUAAGAUUAGAGAUGAUGACGAUCCACAAGUCAACCUUCUCCUUGCUGAACUGAACACACCUGCGGUAAAGAGAAACAAGCUACAACAGUUUGACCUGUACUGUCAGAUAGGAGAUCUCUACAGGACAAAACUACACAACUUACAGUCAGCUCUGCAGUAUUACCAAAACAUGCUAGAGUGUUCUCAGGAACUGUUAGAAGUAAGAAAACAAGCCAAAGCCUACAGAAGACUUGGUGUAACAUAUGAUAUGUUAGGUAAACAAGAAGAGGCCUUUAGAAACCAUGAGAGAGCUUUGAGUAUCCAUGGGGUUACGAUAGGAACUGAUAUGGACAUUUGCAUUGCUUACAAAAACCUAGCAUCAUCAUUAGUACAGUCGGGUCAAUGGGCAGAUGUGAAAACUAACUAUGAAUUUGCCAUGGCUGUUGCCAUGAAGACAGACAAUAAGACUGAACAGAUGGCCAUUUACUUGAAGCUGGGUGAUUUACACAGGGAACAGCUACAUGAACCACAGGUAUCACACAAGUACUACACAGAGAUGUUGGCACUAGCCAGGGACUUGGGGAGGAAGGACAAGGAGAGAGAAGCUUACAACAGACUGGGAGUGGCUUGUUGGGACAUGCAGGGUUAUGAUGCAGCUUUGGAGUGGAACAAGAAGACCCUGAAGAUGAGCCAAGAAAGUGGAGACAAGACUGCACAGAUAACAGCAAAUCACAACAUAGCUGAAACCUACAAGGCACUGGGUAAACUGGACCUGGCCAGAUCUCACUAUCAAUCAGCAAUGACCAUCGCCAUGGAGACAGGAAACAAGACUGAACAGAUGGACAUUUACUUUCAGCUGGGUGAUUUACACAGGGAACAGCUACAUGAACCACAGGAAUCACACAAGUACUACACAGAGAUGUUGGCACUAGCCAGGGACUUGGGGAGGAAGGACAAGGAGAGAGAAGCUUACAACAGACUGGGACUGGCUUGUUGGGACAUGCAGGAUUAUGAGGCCGCUCUGGACUGGAACAAGAAGUACCUGAAGAUGAGCCAAGAAAGUGGAGACAAGACUGGACAGAAAACAGCACAUCAAAACAUAGCUGCUACCUACAAGACACUGGGUAAACUGGACCUGGCCAGAUCUCACUAUCAAUCAGCAAUGACCAUCGCCAUGGAGACAGGAUGCAAGACUGAACUGAUGAACAUUUACUGUAAGCUGGGUGAUUUACACAGGGAACAGCUACAUGAACCACAGGAAUCACACAAGUACUACACAGAGAUCUUGGCACUAGCCAGGGACUUGGGGAGGAAGGACAUGGAGAGUCUGGCUUACAACAGACUAGGACUGGCUUGUGAGGACAUGCAGGAUUAUGAGGCAGCUUUGGAGUGGGACAAGAAGUACCUGACGAUGAGCCAAGAAAGAGGAGAUAAGACUGAACAGAUGACAGCAAAAACAAACUUAGGUGCUUCCUACAAGGCACUGGGUAAACUGGACCUGGCCAGAUCACACUAUCAAUCAGCAAUGACCAUCGCCAUGGAGACAGGAAACAAGACUAGACAGAUGGACAUUUACUUGGAGCUGGGUGAUUUACACAGGGAACAGCUACAUGAACCACAGGAAUCACACAAGUACUACACAGAGAUGUUGGCACUAGCCAGGGACUUGGGGAGGAAGGACAAGGAGAGACAAGCUUACAACAGACUGGGAGUGGCUUGUGGGGACAUGCAGGAUUAUGAGGCAGCUCUGGAGUGGAACAAGAAGUACCUGAAGAUGAGCCAAGAAAGUGGAGACAAGACUGCACAGAUAACAGCACCUCAAAACAUAGCUGAAACCUACAAGGCACUGGGUAAACUGGACCUGGCCAGAUCUCACUAUCAAUCAGCAAUGACCAUCGCCAUGGAGACAGGAAACAAGACUGAACAGAUGGACAUUUACUGUAAGCUGGGUGAUUUACACAGGGAACAGCUACAUGAACCACAGGAAUCACACAAGUACUACACAGAGAUGUUGGCAAUAGCCAGGGACUUGGGGAGGAAGGAAGAGGAGAGACAAGCUUACAACAGACUAGGACUGGCUUGUUGGGACAUGCAGGAUUAUGAGGCAGCUUUGGAGUGGGACAAGAAGUACCUGACGAUGAGCCAAGAAAGUGGAGAUAAGACUGAACAGAUGACAGCAAAAACAAAGUUAGGUGCUUCCUACAAGGCACUGGGUAAACUGGACCUGGCCAGAUCACACUAUCAAUCAGCAAUGACCAUCGCCAUGGAGACAGGAAACAAGACUAGACAGAUGGACAUUUACUUGGAGCUGGGUGAUUUACACAGAGAACAGCUACACGAACCACAGGAAUCACACAAGUAC